AUGAAGAAAACAAGACAUUUAUUGCAUACUAUUAAACGAUAUAUUUUUGUUCCUUGUAUAGUUUUGGUAGCCAUAUGUACUAUACUAAUAUAUAAAAGUAAAAGUUCAUCAGAAAAAGAAAUAUUAACGUGUCCAGUAUGCAAUAUACCUCUGGUAUCAAAUAGCACUACUUCUUCAUCAAGAGAUGUAAUACUAACAUCAGCUCUUUCGGAAUAUAAGAGAUUGCAAUACUUCAUUCGUACUCUAAGAUCAACACAAUCUAAAGCGCGUGUUAUUUUGUUUUUGGAAGAAGAAAAGACUCUAACUAAUGAUUUGCUUUAUCUUUUUAAUGCUUGCUCCAUUGAACCAGUUUUUGUUAAAUAUACAAACGAUGUUAUAAAGUCUGCACCUAAGCUAUCAAGGUAUUAUUUUGAAUAUCAAUGGCUAAAAGAGCAUGUUAAUGAAGUAGAUCGAGUGCUGCAUACAGAUUCAUUUGAUGUAAUAUUCCAAGGAGAUCCUUUUUCAGAGAAAAUCUCGAGAAACAAAUUAUAUUUCACUGUUGAACAUGUUAGUAUUAAGAAUUCUUUAUGGACUUCAUCUUGGAUAAAUCAAUGUUAUGGCCCUCAGAAACUGCAUAGAAUAGAAGAUGAAACAGUAUCUUGCAGUGGAGUUACAAUAGGGGGAAGUCGUGCGUACUUCGAAUAUCUUAAAAUUCUCUUGAAUACUGAAAAAUGGGCAGAAUGUUUUGGCCACAGCUUAGAUCAAGCUCAUCAUAAUUAUUUAUUUUAUAAUGGUACAUUCAAGAGCGCAGGACUCGAUAUACACAAACUAAAUUGUGAUUCCGAAUAUUUAACAAUGCAUUUUUGCUGUAAAAAGCUGAAAUGCAUUUUAGAUGAUAACGGCGUAAUGCAUGGUCCAAAGCAUUCAGAUCCUCUUCUUAUUCAUCAAUACAAUCGUUGGCAUAAUUUAACAGAUCGUAAUAAAAUCAUCUGCCCUAAUUUCAAAGUCGGAAAAGUACUCAAGAAAGAAGAGAUUCCAAUAAUUGGAUUUGGUGAGUUUAUUUUACCUCAAAAAACUCUGGAGCCUCCAAGAUAA